AUGGAGCAGUGGCUGAGGGGUAUCACUGGCAACAAGGAUAACCCCAGGGGGUCCAAGAGGAUCCCUCCACUCGACAACUCGUAUGAACCAGACAAGGCCCUUACUGAGAUGUACUCGAUGCCCAAUGGGGAGCAGGAGCAGGAUCCAGAGGGGGAGGCGAGCGGAGGCGAGAGCGGCAAGUGGCACUCUGAUGGAGAAGAGGACGAGGAAAGCGACGACCCGAGUGAUGAAGAAGAGGUCGACUCACCUCCCCGUAGGGAAAGUGCUGCUACUUCUGGGACUUCUGCUCAUAGAGACGAAGAUGAGGACAUGGAAGAUGCGGUCACUUCUAACCCAACUCCUCCCAAUGUUAUUGAUCUCCCAGACGACGAAGAGGAUGUGCCGCUGAAGCCCUUGGGAAGGAGAAGCAGGAAGACGUCAUCUGGCAAGACGCCUUAG